CCUUAGGGAAUUGGCGCAGGGUCCCUGCGGUUCUCGGCGGUUGAAAAGAACCGUCCAAACAAGGCCUCCAAGCAGCCAGCGCCGCCUGGCACACAUUCCAACUAGCCCGCGUGAUCGACGGCCCCGGAAAUGACGCGCUGCCUCGCUGGCAGUGCGGAAGUGGAGAUGGCGGAGCUGUAUGUGAAACCGGGCAACAAGGAGCGCGGCUGGAACGACCCGCCGCAGUUCUCUUACGGGCUGCAGACCCAGACUGGCGGACCCAAGCGCACGCCGCUCACUAAGAGGGUCGCCGCCCCGCAGGAUGGAUCCCCCAGAGUCUUCACCUCAGAGACUUCUCCUGGGCCUCCUCCAAUGGGCCCUCCACCUCUUUCAAGUAAGGCCCUUGGUCCCCCCUCUGUGGGGAGCUGUCCUGUCUCCAGAGUGCAGCCCACAGGUUUCCGAGUCAUCGAGUCUGAGGCUCUGAUGGAGGAUGUGCUGAGACCUUUGGAACAGGCAUUGGAGGAUUGCCGUGGCCACAUGAAGAAGCAGGUAUGUGAUGACAUCAGUCGACGCCUGACACUGCUUCAGGAACAGUGGGCUGGAGGGAAGUUGUCAGUGCCUGUUAAGAAGAGGAUGGCACUACUGGUGCAAGAGCUUUCAAGCCACCGGUGGGAUGUAGCAGAUGACAUUCAUCGCUCCCUCAUGGUUGAUCAUGUGACUGAGGUCAGUCAGUGGAUGGUGGGAGUUAAAAGAUUAAUUGCGGAAAAGAGGAGUAUGUCUUCAGAGGAGGAGGCCAAUGAAGAGAAAUCUGCAGCAGCUGCUGAGGAGAACCAAACUAUACCAGGCUUUCAAGAGGCGCUAUAAUUCUGGGGAUUCCCCAGACUCACCUAGCCUGUUUCUUAUGCCUUGGUGUGGAGGCCUUCUCUCACUUGACUCUAUUUUACCACCAGGGAGACUGUCCCAUUGGAACUGACCCAAGAUCCAAUCUGGGGUACAGGGAGCUCACUUGUUAACCCAUAACAUAUGCAUUUCAAUAAAAACAUCUCAGUUGUGGGCACUGGGUGGGAA